UGGCCGCAGGCAGGGCGGGAGCCAGCAGCCGGCAGCCAAGGGAGGCAGAGCACAGAGAUCGCAGCCCGAUCCGUUAGCACCAGCCCUUCCCCCACCCCCAAGCUCCAGCACACACCCAGCCAUCCACCCUCCGGGAGAGGCAGCCAGGGACCGGCUCACUUUGCCUAGCGAGAAAGCCCUAACCAUGAGCAACCAGUACCAGGACGAGGGCUGCCCUGAGAGGCCCGAGUGCAAAAGUAAAUCGCCAACUUUGCUCUCUUCCUACUGCAUCGACAGCAUCUUGGGCCGGAGGAGCCCGUGCAAGAUGCGGCUGCUGGGGGCGGCGCAGAGCCUGCCCGCCCCACUGGCCAGCCGCGCGGACCAGGAGAAGGCCUUGCAAGGUUCCCCCAAGGGCAGCAGCACCCCGUUCGAGGCCGAGCUGCAUCUGCCGCCCAAGCUGAGGCGCCUGUACGGCCCGGGCGGGGGGGCCGUGGCCGCCGCCGCUGGGGCCGCCGAGGGCGGGGAACUGUCGCCCAAGGAGGAGCUGCUGCUGCACCCGGAGGACACCGAGGGCAAGGACGGCGAGGACAGCGUGUGUCUGUCCGCGGGCAGCGACUCGGAGGAGGGGCUGCUGAAGCGCAAACAGCGGCGCUACCGCACCACGUUCACCAGCUACCAGUUGGAGGAGUUGGAGCGGGCCUUCCAGAAGACGCACUACCCGGACGUCUUCACCAGGGAGGAGCUGGCCAUGAGGCUGGACUUGACUGAGGCAAGAGUCCAGGUGAGCUGCACAGCAGAGAAGGGAGCUCCGCCCCCUGGCUCAGCCAGCCUGCCGCCCAGCGGGGCGCCGCUGGGCUUGAGCACUUUCCUCGGAGCCGCUGUGUUCCGGCACCCGGCCUUCAUCAGCCCAGCGUUUGGCAGGCUCUUUUCCACCAUGGCCCCCCUGACCAGCGCGUCGACCGCGGCCGCGCUCCUGAGACAGCCCACGCCGGCCGUGGAAGGCGCGGUGGCGUCGGGCGCGCUGGCCGACCCGGCCACCGCGGCCGCGGACAGACGCGCCUCCAGCAUAGCCGCGCUGCGGCUCAAGGCCAAGGAGCACGCGGCGCAGCUCACGCAGCUCAACAUCCUGCCGGGCACCAGCACGGGCAAGGAGGUGUGCUAAAGGCAGCCCUCCGCCGCGCGCCCCGGGCGCGCCCCGAAAGGUCACCUCACUCAGCACCACUCAAGACCAAAUGGAAACAGAGGACCAGCACCCCCCUCCCGCCCCACCCACCCCGAGAAGGCCCCGAGAGCGAGCGCGCGCGCUGCCGCAGCCUGGAAGCAGGCGGGCCGGGGCAGCCCUGGCUCAGCGCUACGGGAGGGACAGGGACGUAGCAUCGCCUCGCUGGCUGCCCACCCGCCCCUGCCCCUGCCCACCUCGCUCCAACUCGGACACCCACUCCCUCUCGCUCUCACUUGACCCAAAAGAUGGGGGGCGUGGGAGGGGGCGGAUUUUUCUCUCCUAGACGCCUUCAAUUGAAGUUGAAAAAAUAAAAUUAAAGUCAAAGCCCAACCUCUCUCUUCCUCUGGCGCCCCCUCCCCUCUUAGCUUUUUGGAUUGGAUUGGAUUGGAUUGGAUUUUCUUAAAAUACCUAUUUGGGCGCUCUGGUUGAUCUCCCCAGCGCGGGGCCCCGGCGCGCAGCAGCCUGGGCCAGGGAAGCCACCGGGAGCCUGUAAAAUAGCGAACAGUGCACUCUUUGAAAGGAAAGAGCGUCUUGUUCCUGUGCUCUUCUUUAUCAUACACCAACCAAGGUUUUUAUAUCAAACCAAAGGGAAAUACACUGCUAGAAUAUGGACUGUUGAAGUCACCAAACUGUGAUUAUUGAUUCUGUACAUACCAUUGUUAUUAAAAAAAAGAGAACAGAGCUUUGUAUAUUUGAAAUGUUAUAACGGCAAUUGCACUCAGCGUGGUAUGGUAAAAGUUUGUCCUCCUGUAGAUUCUUACUGUGUUGUAGAUACGGUAGGUUCCUAGACGAAUAUUUAUGUACUCAAGCCCUUUAUUUAACUUAUUAACUGUAGAGGCUUCUGAAACCUUCCAGAUCAAGGCAAUGGUACAGUACUUUUGUGUAAUGUGUACUUGUUAUCACUUUUCCUUGCUAUCUAGUGGAGAAGUGUCACGCUCAAAAUAAAACAAAAAAAAUUAUAUGUUUAACAAAA